AUGAACAUCAUAAAAAUGCUAAAGCAAUAUUUAAGAACAUUACUAUUUAUGUUUACUGUUAUAUACGCGAUAGUAAUCGGCAAGACAGAUAUAUUAAACGAAUUUAUUGAAGAAAGUGCCCAAGUUGACGAGUGGCUUGAACAGAGUGAUUUGGGAGAAUAUAAAAAGUUGUUUAGAGAUUAUGGAAUCUCAACGUUGUCGGGAUGUGCGUCUCCCGAGCACUUGGACCGGCUGCCCGAGCUACCAGCUGCAGAGGAGAAACGCCUGCGCCGCGCUGCUCAGGUGCUGCAGCAGAAACUGGUGCUACGACAGUGGCUGGCCACAAGAUCACUGCAGCAUGUGUAUAGCAAAUUACUCAGCCUGGAUGUAUCCUCCUUAGAGGACGUUUACUGGCUGGAAGAUUCAAUAGCGCGUCAUGUGAUUGAUUCGAAGGAUUUCAAUGCGUGGUCUCUUGCCCGCCAAAGCCUGCCCACGGGCAAGGAAGAGCUGCAGUCGUUGAAGAACGAGCUAUGGAACACCGUGGUGAAGAGCAGCAAGCAUCAGGACGCUUGGACAUGGGGUGGUAUGUUGAUAGUAUCAGUGUCGGUCUGUGGUCUGGUGACCCUGGCUGCCAUGACGCAGCCAUCGCUGGCCCCCGAAGCCAAGCACUCUUUGCUGCAGUAUGUCACUGGAAAAUAUCUCCACCCGCCCAGUUGUAAGGUGGAGUGGGGCUGGGAGGAACCUCACCCAGUUGGCGACACAAUGUGCUUCACGGUCCACUGCUACCAAAGAAAUGGACAUCCCUAUCCGAUUUGCGAUACUGAUGACCUCACUGUACACAUCUCUCAUGGGACUAGGAAGAUAACUGCAGUGAUGGAGUUAGGUUCCGGUCAACCGUCGCUUGCGCACACCGCUCGCGUCAAAUUCACAGUACGAACGGCUGGAGUCUAUGUUAUAGCCGUUAUGAUAGGUGGUGUGGUAGCAGCAUGUGGUCCCUUUCGCAAGUGGUUCAUAGCUGGGGGCGUUGCAGCACGUCGCUCCAGAGUAGGGCGUGACCCGGCCGCACUCGUUUGCGCUGCUGGACGUCCACGGGCCUUACACGUACAUCCAAGGGACCAUUAUGACAACAUUGCGACUAUUGCCACUGAUGAUGCCAAGAGCUUUUCAAUAGAAAUAUCUCCGAUUGGUGGUGAGGUGGACAAGUCCCUAUCGUCAGCUGCCCAAUUCGAAUAUGACAGUGUGAAUCAGCGUGUGAGCGUGUCUUUAUGUUUUCCUGAGGCGGGAGUGUUCAAAGCUGCUAUUUCUUAUGAUGGGGUGUUAUUACAUAAUGGACAGUUUGACUGUAUUGUUUUAACGCCAAGCGAUGCAGCCACAGUACAACGCGCGCUGUCAUCAAAGCGAGCUACAGUUUCGUACGAGGCUCGCUUAUUAUCCCCUGGCAAGCAACGCCGGGUGCUUUGCUGUUUAAGCCCUAAGCAAUUGAUCAUAAAGGACUACAUACUUAAGAUUAUCCCUAAGAGAAUCACAUCUUUUAGGGUCUGCCCUUCCACUAAGCUAAUAGUGCGUCCCCGUGAAGAGCAUCCAUGUCCAGGGGGUGAACUGGUUCUGGAAGACGGAGUCCAACCUCCGCUAAGGCUGCAUUGUGCUGCAAGAGAUCUUCUUGCUGCUACCUUUACGCGCCUUUUGCUUGCUAACUGUGGCGGAGAGGAUACAUUUAAGAACAAACAAGAAUUCUUCUACAGCGAAAUGCGUACUGCGCAUGCACGUCACCCGCAUGAUAAGAUCUCGUUGCGCGUGCGCAGGGACGACUUAGUGCGUUCCAGUCUUAAGGCCACCAAGCAUUUUACACUUGCCGACUGGUGCAAGAAUUUCGACGUCGCUUUUCAUGGCGAACAGGGCGUGGACUGGGGUGGUGUUCGCAGGGAAUGGUUUUCACUACUGUGUGGUCAGUUGUUCGACGCAAGAUUCGGUCUUUUCGUCUCUUACAGUGAAUCAGCGACUGGUCUUGUACACCCGAAUCCGGAUAGACCACCACAUCUCAAGCUAAAACACUUUGAGCUCGCGGGCAAAGUAGUCGGCAAGUGUUUGUACGAAAGUGCCCUGGGAGGUUCUUACCGACAACUUGUGCGCGCGCGCCUGGCUCGAUCUUUUCUUGCGCAUAUUAUUGGCCUAAGGGUUCACUACAAGUACUUCGAGCAAGAUGACCCGGAACUCUAUCUUUCAAAAAUAAAAUACAUUCUGGAUGCGGAUUUGGACGUAGCGGACUCGUCUCCGGAAAUAUAUUUCUCGGAUGACGUGUACGACUCUAGCGGACGAUUGCUUGAGACAAAAGAACUUGUGCCUAAUGGAGCUUCUAUACGCGUGACAAAUAGCACAAAAAUGGCGUAUUUGGAUGCGCUGGCGCAGUGGCGCCUUGCAGGCCGAUGGCGGGCAGAGAGCGACGCCUUUCUACGCGGGCUCACUUUACUCGUACCGGAUAAUCUGCUCGCAAUAUUCGACGAAAAUGAGUUGGAGUUAUUAAUGUGUGGCACUGGCGAAGUGGAUGUGAACGAUUGGCGCGCAUAUGCCCUGGUUUCGGGAUCGGGUCGCGAGUGGGAACGGCGUUUGAACUGGCUCUGGGCUGCUCUCAGCAACUUCACCAAUGAAGAGAGAGCUAGGCUGCUCCAAUUCACCACUGGAUGCUCUCAGCUCCCGCCUAAUGGAUUUCAGGACCUAAACCCGCGGUUUCAAAUAACCGCAGCGCCUACAUUCGGUGCCUUACCCACAGCACAUACAUGUUUCAACCAGCUCUGCUUACCGGAUUAUGACUCUUACGAACAAAUGGUCCACGCACUAUUAUGGGCCAUCAAUGAAGGAGGGGAGGGAUUCGGUAUGAUAUAA